UAUUUCCUGAUUAAUACACUUUUCUCUCUGAUUUUCUUUUAUUAACAUUAUCUUGCAUGAUCCACAGAAUAACAACUUUAUUAGUACUUUUUAAAAAGAGUGAGUUAUCCAGGGUCACAUAGCUAGGUCAUCAGGAGGAUUCGAACUUACAUUUUCAAAUCUCAAACUCAGUCUUCUUUCUGUUGUGUACCCUGACUGGUCCAUUCCACCACCCUGCUGAAGUCAGAAUGUCAAAAAGUCAGUCCUGUACUAACUCCUAAGUCUAGUAGUUCUCCUAAGUUCUUCUCGGUGAGUAGUUCUCAUUCUGUAUGCCUCUAACAUUCAUUACCACUGAUUAUUUCCUUAUGAAAUACUUAAUGCCAAGUAAACAUUUCCUCCUUAUUAAGUGGUAUGUUCUGAUUUUAGGAGAUAGGGAAAAUACCGUUAUGUUUUCUCACUCAGAGAUAGCUAUUGUACAUGCUUUAAGCCUAUUUUAUUUUGUGUAUGGUUAAUAUAAUCAGGAUUCUAUUAUACCAGAAUAAUUUUUUUCCUGCUUCAUGGCUUCUUGUUUGGUCACAAUUAUCACUUUCUUUGAGCGAAGGAAAUGAUUUAUUAUCUCAAUUACUUGAAAAUUUCAGAACAGCGAACUGUAGAUACAAGUCAAAAUGGCUGUAUUGUUCCACUAUUCCUAUCCAAUGGACAGGCCUGCUGAUUCCCUUCCACAGACCUUUCAAGUACAGACUUGAAGGACCUUGUGACUAGGCCCUUUACAGAAAUAAGUAGAUGACAGUCUUCAAUGUGUGGCUGUCCUGUGUCUCAUCAAAGUUGUACAUGAAUCCUGCUUAUUACUACUUUGUGUAUUCAUUAUGUGUUGCUCUGAGAAAGUGAAGAAAACUAUAUAAUUCAUAUAAAAGAGAAAUCUCUUUCUCACAGUUCUGACACUGGGAAUUCCAAAAUCGAGAUUUGACAGGAUUAGCUGUCUGCAAAACAGUUACUAUUUUGGAGUUAAAAGUAUGUCAUCAUGGCAAAAUUUCGAAGAAGGACUUGCAUCAUUUUAUCACUUUUUAUUCUGUUCAUUUUCUCUCUAAUGAUGGGUUUAAAAAUUCUGAAGCCCAGUACAUCUACUUUUGGAACUCCUUUUGGACUUGACCUUUUUCCAGAACUUCAUCAACGAAAUAUUCAUUUGGGGAAAAAAGUUGAUUUCAAAAAGAGUGACACAAUUAGCAUGGAAACAAACACCAAGAACUUAAAAGCUGGUGGAGGAACUGCAAAACCUUCCAGAGUUUCUGAACUUAACCUGGAGGAACUGCCACCUCUCAACUAUUUUCUACAUGUGUUUUAUUACAGUUGGUAUGGAAAUCCACAAUUUGAUGGUAAAUAUAUACAUUGGAACCAUCCCAUCUUGGAGCAUUGGGACCCUAGAAUAGCCAAAAACUAUCCACAAGGGAGUCACAGCCCUCCAGAUGACAUUGGCUCUAGCUUUUAUCCUGAGUUAGGAAGUUACAGCUCUCGGGAUCCUUCUGUCAUAGAAACUCACAUGAGACAAAUGCACUCGGCCUCAAUUGGUGUACUGGCCCUGUCUUGGUAUCCACCUGAUUCAAAUGAUGAGAAUGGAGAAGCUACUGAUUACUUGGUACCAACUAUUUUGGAUAAAGCUCAUAAAUAUAAUCUAAAGGUCACUUUUCACAUAGAACCAUAUAGCAAUCGAGAUGAUCAAAGCAUGAACAAAAAUGUGAAGUACAUUAUAGACAAAUACGGAAAUCAUCCCGCCUUUUAUAGGUACAAGACGAGGACCGGGCAUGAGCUUCCUAUGUUCUAUGUCUAUGAUUCUUAUAUCAUGAAGCCUGAAAAGUGGGCCAAUCUGUUGACCACCGCAGGGUCUCAGAGUGUCCGCAAUUCUCCUUAUGACGGCUUGUUUAUUGCUCUUCUAGUGGAAGAAAAACAUAAACAUGAUAUUGUUCAAAGUGGUUUUGAUGGAAUUUACACAUAUUUUGCCACAAAUGGCUUUACUUAUGGCUCAUCACAACAGAACUGGGCUAACUUGAAAUCAUUCUGUGAUAAGUACAACUUAAUAUUUAUCCCAAGUGUAGGCCCAGGGUACAUAGAUACAAGCAUCCGCCCUUGGAACUCCCUUAACACCAGGAACCGCAUCAACGGAAAGUAUUAUGAAGUCGGUCUGAGUGCUGCACUUCAGACCCACCCCAGCAUAAUUUCUAUCACCUCUUUCAAUGAGUGGCAUGAAGGAACUCAGAUUGAAAAGGCUGUACCCAGAAGAACCCAUAAUACAGUGUACUUGGAUUACCGGCCUCACAAACCAAGUCUUUAUCUAGAACUAACUCGCAAGUGGUCUGACAGAUUUAGUAAGGAAAGAAUGACGUAUGCACUGGAUCAGCAGCCUCCUGUUCUGUAAAUGUGCUGGAUAUAGCUCAACUAUCACAUCACCUGGCUUCAUUAAACACUUUGUUUUAAGUUGCAGAAAGAAAAACUGUCAGAAUCAGUAUGCACCUGCUACUGUUAGCUUUAAUCAUUGCUUUGUACUCUUUGGAAGACGUUAUUGUCAGCACUUCACUUAGUCCUGUGGCGGGAGGACAUCUGACAGAAGAGUUGUGGAAAGAACGUUCCUCAUAGCGUAAUUUUCUGACCUGGAUGUGAGGGCCUUUUGAGUUUUCAUUUCACAGUAAAGAAAAUGUUUGAUUUACAUACAGCAGCUAGCAUACAAGUGCUUCCUACUUGUAUUCUGGGUCCAAAGAAAUAGGAGUAUGUAUACUCAAGUUAUGACUAAUUAAAAGGAAAGGGUAAUAGACAUGCUUCAUUUCUAACCAAUUCAGAAUUUGCCUAACUUUUCCCUAGUGAUCAGAUUCACUUCUCAGUUUUCCUGUGAGCAUAAAGCUGCUUUAAAGCCUGGCGUGGUGGUGCAGGGCUUUAAUCCCAGCACUCGGGAGGCAGAAGCAAGUGGAUCUCUGUGAGUUCAAGGCCAGCUUGGUCUACAUAGCUAGUUAGCUAGUUCCAGGUCAGCUGGGGCUGCAGGGAGACCCUGUCUCAAAAACAAAAAAAAAAACAAAAAAAACAAUACAAAACUGCUUUGAAUAUCAGUUUCUUUAUUUUAUUAAAUUAUACAUUUUUCUACAUGUAAGCCAUACUGCAUCAAAGUCCUGCCAUCUGCAGAGUGUUAGUUGUCAUCAUUUGAAGACUUGGUCUGCCUGUAACAUGUUAAAUAGUUUGCAUGUUUAGUAUUUCUCCUUUGCUAUGCUGAGUUACAGACUGUAGAAAGUAUACAAAGUAGCUUUAUAAAUUAAUGACUGCUUCUGAGUGAUUAGGAGAGCCGUUGCCUCACAGUGAUCAUGAAGUUAUAGUGUUCAAAUAUUACCUUCUUUAGACAGCUUGUUGGUCACAUUCCCAUUUUGUUAUUCAUGUUUUAAAAAUUUAAUCUUCACCAGAGACUGCUGACUCAAAAGAUAAUGUUAAUACUAGAACUUAUUGUCUUUUAAUAUUUUAGUUUAAUUUUACCACAAACAAUAGAGAUAAUUUACUUGUUACUUCAGAAUUAAAUAUAAACAAAAACUUUAAAGUAAUGCCUGAAGAAGAAAUACUAUAUUUCUGUGUGUCCUCAUCUCAUAGCCUUACACUUUUAUGGUUUCUAUUCAGUUAAAAAAAAAAAAGACUGCUUGUGAUCCAAAGCUGUCAUAUGGUGACAGAGUGAUCAGUUUUAUGAUAAAAAUAAAUUCUUUAAACAGUUAAUAGUAAUAUAUAUUCUAUUGGAGUUAAUAUUUAUAAUUAAUUACAGAAAAACAUCCAGUCUCCAUAAUUUUGCACAAAUGUUAUUUCUAAUUUAGUUCUAUAAAGAGAAGUAAUAGGGUGAUGCUAACAAAUAAUGCAUACGAUCUGCAGGGCAUAAAGACAUUUAGAAACAAAUGAGCUCUGGAGUGUAUCAUUAAAUACCCAGAGAGAAAAACUUACUUUUAGGGCAAGGGAAAAGGAUCUGUGGGUAAAUCAUCUUCCAUGCAAGCCUCAGGACUGAAUUCAGAUCUCCUGAAACUACAUGGAAUUGGGCUCAGAACCACAGUCUAUAAUCCCAGUGCUCCUUCACGGAGAUGGAAAGUGUGGAAAGGAGUCUCCAGCAGCUCAUGGGCCAGCUAGCCAUCUGGGCACAGCAACAAGCAGGAGCCCUGCCUGUCCCAAAAGACAGAGGGCACAUAUCAAUGAGAGGUUCUCUUCUAACUUCCUCAGCUACACCAUAUCACAUACGGUCUCACACUGGCACAGGAAUGUGCACACGCAUGUAUACACACACACAUAUACACACAAAGGCUUUUAAAAUGUGUUUUGUAGUAAAAUUUGUCUUUGAAAGUCAUUAAUAUUAAAUAUUUAUAGCCUUAGAAUUUUCUGUUUAUCAGAGAAUAAUUAGGCCAUGGAAAAUUAUACAAAUGAUAGUAAUCUGGUAUUUCCAGGGGAAAUUGCAAGAAUAAAUAAACAUAGCAAUAUUAUAAGAAAGCAUCAGCCUGUAGAUUUCUUUUCCUUAUAUACACUUUGCUACUGCAUUGAAGAUGAAUUGACAAUGUAUGUUAUGUAAUAACCUUUUAUAAUAUAUGCUACUGUUUUUCUUCAUUCUUUAUGUUGUAUAUUUGAACCUACCAUGACAGAAAAUAAAUAUAUAAAAGAGUUCUGAUAUUAAGUGAAACUCUAAACACAAGGUAGCCAGUUGUCAGGGCACCACCUCUUGUUCCCAUUGCAGGCAUAGUUACUCCAGACCCUGCCAUUCCCAACCCAUUAAUUAACAGCAGUCAGUUAGUUUUUUUUUUUUUAAAGUUAUUACUGACCCAGCACGGUAGCAUACACCUUGAAUGACAUUUGGGAGGCAGAGGCAGGUGAAGCUCUGUGAGUUGAAGACUAGCCUGGUCUAUAUUGCGAAUUCCAGACCAGCUGGGGCUACAGGGAGUCCUUGUCCCAAAAAACAAGAAGAAGAAGCAUUCUUGAGACAGAUGAUUGGAGUAUCUUUUCAUAAAACGUACUAGCUGAUUAUUAUCUAAAUAUCUAGUGGUUUUUUUUCCUCCUGUUUUGAAAGAAGAAAAAAACAAUAAAACCUGUAGUCAGUCCUCUGACUUUCACAUCUUAAUAUUCAAUCAAUUAGGAUCAGAACUAUUCAGGGAAAAAAUUCCAGCUGUAGUGAGCGUGUUCAGGCAAUUGUCAUCCCCUAGCAAUACAGUAUAACCACUAUGGACACAGCAUUUUUAUUAUAUUAGAUGUUAUCAAUAAUCAGAAAGAUUUAGGUAUACAUGCAGAUCUUUUAUGGUGUAUCCAAUUUUGUACCAUGUUAUUUCAGGGGCCUGCAUGUUUUCAGCCAUUCUUGCUAUCUCUGUGGGUCCUCGAGCCAGUUCCACACAGGUACCAGGGGACAAUAUCUUAGCAGUUACUGCUAGAAAUUCUGUUGGUGCCUAGAGGAAUGCCUUCAGAACCAUGCUCAGGUCUUUCAUUGUGGCUGCCUUUGACUUUGAGGAGAACUAGUUUGGAUAAUAAUGAGUAAGUUCAAAGAAUCCAUUUCUUUAGUUAGAAAUCUGAAUGUUUGGAUUCAAUUAAGGAUGAUAUAAUGUAUGCAAUGCAUGAAUCAUAAUUGGUUCUUUUAUAAGUUAUUUGUUUUUAUGGAUUAACCUGUCUAGUUAUUUAGAUUAUAUAGAACCAAAUUGUUAUUUUUCCUUUAAAGAAAUAAUUAUAAAGGACCACUUUAUUAAUGUUUAUCUGAGUCGUGUUAGCUUUUUUGUUUUACUUGGACUGUGUAAUUUGAAAAAUCAGUAUUUUGUUAUAUGAAGUAAAUUUUUGACUAAUAAAAGCAUACGUGAAAAAUGUUGUCCAUAGCUAUUAAAAUCUAUUCAUCUCUCCUUGUGAUAUGUUUUAUUUAAUUUCAUAUUAAUAUAAGAAAAGUAGUAUUUUGUCACAUUCUUUUUAUAUUUACUGAAGUGAGAUGGAACACUUACAAAGUAGAUAUAUUUAUCGGUUACAUGUAUACAGAGUUUUGCUUUUUCAGUUCUGGAAAUGUUUUCUUGUGUAUUUUUUGCUUCAGUAUAAUCACAUAUUCUAAAGUAGUGAAGUAACAAGCCACAAGAAAGCCAACAACUUUCGUAACUGUGUGCUUUCUAAACAUCAAUUUAAAAAUGAUGAAUAUUUCUGAACUCUAUAAUGGCUGCAGAAGCAGUCCUUAAAAACAUGUCAAAAUUGUGUAACUAUAGUAAAUCGGGUUGCUUUCUUGAUUUCUUUCUCAGGUAAUUUAUUACUAGUACAUAAAAAUGAUACUGUUUCUAUGUGUUAAUAUUGUAUCCUGCAUCUUUGUUGAAUUUAUUUGUUUUAACAGUCUCAGGUAGAAUUUGGGGGCAUUCUGUAUAUGUAAGAUUAUUUCACCUGCCACCUCUGGCAGUUUGACUUUACUCCUUCCCAUUUGGAUGUUUUAUUUCUCUAGCUAGGACCUCCAUCCAGUUCUAUACUUCAUGAACAUUGGCACAGUGGCUGAUAUUUUAAUUUAUAGCCAAACACUCUUGAGUAUCACCACAUAGAAAAGCAGUAUUUUACUUAAAUCCAGGAAUUUUAAGUUAUUUAUAUAAAUAUUUACCAUUUAGAAAAAAAAUUUACCUAGAUACAAGCAAAAGAACUUUCUGCCUUAGAGCAUUCCUUUAGAAAAAAAAAUGUACUCUAAAUUAAAUUUAAUACCACAUUGUUAGAUAGCUACUUAAAGGCUAAAUGUUAUUAUGGGCUUAAUCUAAUACUUUUAUCCUUAAGAAUUCCUUUUAUCCUUUGACUUGCUGCUUUUUAGACUCAUCUUUAGUUAAAUCAAAGAGCUAAAUGCUAUUGCUGUUUUAGUCAAUGAAUGAAGUAUUUUUCAAUGCAGCAGAGUUUUUGUUGUUACAUAAUUCCUAUUUAAUUUAUAAUAUCAAAAGAAUAAUAAGCGUAAACAAAUCUCAGAGAUCUAAAAUUUACUGAAAUCAAAAUAUAAUGGCAUUUUCCAAGUAGAGUCAAAAAGACAAUAAUAAAUAAAUAAAAGCAUCUUAUAUAAAGAAUUUAAAGUUUCACAGAUUACAUGAAAUUAGUUAUAAAAUUCAACCAUAAAGUUAAACAGCCUUUAUAAAUUGCUUUAUAAAUUGCUCUUUGAAAUAUUUCAUAACUCAAAAGAGGAUGUGCUAUGGAAAGAUAAUACCUCAAAUGAGUCAGUUUAUGGUAUGUAUUCUAUAUAGCAUAAUAUAUUUGUAUUUGUUGCUUUUAUGAGCAAAGAUCAUUUUAAAGAACAGAAAGUACAAGCAAUUAGCAGUUCAACUGCAUUAAACUUAAAUGCACUUAAAGUGUACACAAAAGUAUUUUUAAUCAAUGCUGUCAGAAUCCAGUAUCAAAAUAUUAUGUCACCAUUCUAAUUUAAUAGUAGAGUCUAAUGCCAUACCUUGUCCUGAUUUGAUAAAAAUACAAAUUCAGGAAAAAAAUAUUCAGGAGAAAUUCAAUAGAAAUACACCAAUGAACUGAACCCAAAUUUAAUCACAGUCCACUGAAGGAGUAGUGUUAAAAACAAGGUAUUACAUAGGAAUUUUAGGUUUUCAUUAUGAAAAUAAUCUCUCAGAAACAAACCAAUGGAAAUGCUUAUAAGACUGAGAAAUUAAUAAAACUAAAGUAUGGUCUCAUAAUUUUCAACCCAACAAUUGUGUCAAAUACUGUCCUUAACCUAUGUUAAAUAAAAGCAUUCAUUCAUUAAA